AUGUAUAUAAAACAAUUCAUGAUGUUGUCCUUUUUUUAUACUAUUUUUCUACACACCAAAUUCAUUGGUUGGUCGUUCUUUUUUUUUUUUGGCAACACACAUGGUCUUUGUUUUAGUUACUGUGUUAAUGAUUCAACAAUGCCUCUGAAGAAAGGGUUAAACCAGGAAGAAAAGUUGUCAGCACUUUUAAAUUGGUUUCAAGCAAAUCAUUUAUUUUAUACUCUAAAAGAAAUAGAAUCAAAAGCAAGCAAACACUGCAAGAUACCGCCCAUACAGUUGAAGGAACUAGUUUUGACGCUAGUUGAAGAAGGAUUAGUAGAGCAAGAUAGAUGUGGAACUACAAACCUAUACUGGAGUUUCCCAUACUCACAACACAAAAAACAGCAAGACACCUACAAUCGUUUGAAAAAGACUAUCACUAGUUUAGAAAUAGAAAAAGAUGCUUUAGUUUGCCGAUGCAAAGACGAAACUAGUGUUCGGAACCAAGACCACGAAAGGACCAAUAAAAUCCAGUUUUGUGAUCAGUUACUGCAGCGUAUAGGUUCCCUACAGAGUCAGUUACAAUUGAUUAAAGAGUCGGAAUCUGUGGGGGACUUGGUAUCAAGUCUUGAUUUCUUUAAUGAUUCUAUUGAUGAUAUUAUUUGCUAUUUAAGUCGACAAACGGGAAUUACAAUAACAGCUUUGAAAACUGAAUUUGAGCUUCCUUUAGAAUUUGAAAAAAUCUGA